AUGUCAUCAUCAACAGAAAACGGUCAACAUCCAACGGAUAGUAUCAAAGUUGAACAACAACACAAUGAAUCCAUACCUCUUGAUGAUUUAGUAUCAAAACUACGUCACACAAUCAACAGUAGCGAUUGGUUGACCCAUAAUACAUCAGUUAAAUGGGAACAAGAGAAUCCAGAAUUAGCCAAAGCUUGGCAUACGGCAGUUAAUGAGAAUGAUAGUAGCAUAGUAGAUCAAAACUCGAUUUUACGCUUUGAAAUCUCACCAGACAUAAAUUCCAAACUAUUAUCACAAAUGGACCAGCCGUUACUUGAUAUUAGUGAUAAAGCAAGAACAAUCAAUAUCCACAAAAUGUCAAUUGAAAAACUCCAAAACGAAGGGGUUGGUUGGAAAAAUCAUGAAUUUGUUAUUGCAUUUUGA